CGGGCGGGCGGAUGUUGACGCCGUGAGGGAGCGAUGGCGGCGGCGGCGGCGGCGGUGGCGGGGCCCGGGUUCGGGCCCGGCGAGCGGCAGCGGCGAGUGCAGGCGCUGAGCGCGGCGCUGCGCGGCCGCCUCGGGCCGUACGAGCCGCUGCUGGGCGCCCUGCAGGCCGCGCUGGUGUGGGAGCGGCCGGGCCGCAGCGCGCUGUGCUGGGCGGUGCUGCACGGCCUGUUCUGGUUCUUUGCUCUGACUUCCCUUCGUUUGCUUUUCCUGGUUGCAUUUACCCUCAUGGUAGUAGUGUGUAUAGACCAGUGGAAGCACAAAAUCUGGCCAGAAAUUGGAGUGGCGAGACCUGACGAAUUAGACAAUGAGAGCUGGGGAUAUGUCCACCCUCGGCUGCUGGGAGUGCCAGAGCUCUGUCACCAUUUGGCUGAAGGAUGGGUGGCUGCGACCAACUUCUUAAAUAAUCUUCUCAUUUUCAAGAGGCAAAGCCCUGGCAAGUUUUGCCUUCUAGUGUGUGGAGUCUUCACUUUCCUGGCUGUCCUUGGCCGGUAUAUCCCUGGACUCUUGCUCUCGUACUUGCUGUUGCUCCUCGUCCUGCUGUGGCCCCUCGCCGUGUACCACCGGCUGGGGCAGCGCAUGUACCUGCGGCUGGAGCCGGCUCUGCAGCGGCUGGACUUCAGCGUCCGGGGAUACAUGAUAGCCCGGCAGCGGGAGAGGCAACAGCGUGCCCGGGCCCUCGGUCAGGAGGCCACGGACGAUGGGAGCGACAGUGAAGAGGAGCUGGCUGCAUUCUGCCCCAAGCUGGAUGACUCUCUGGUCGCCAAGGAACUGACCAUCUCUGACUCGGAGCAUUCAGAUGCUGAGGUUUCCUAUACUGAAAAUGGGAUGUUUAACCUUUCGAGGGGCCAGACUCCCCUGACAGAGGGAUCAGAAGACCUGGACGGACACAGUGACCCAGAGGAGUCUUUUGCAAGGGAUCUCCCCGACUUCCCUUCCAUAAACCCAGAAGCAACUGGCAUAGAUGACGAAGACGACACCAGCAUUGGGAUCCCGAGCCUGGCAUACCGCCCACAGGGGACAGAGGAUCUGCAUCUCCCGUACGACCAGGACGACUCUGGUGUGCUGCCCUCGGUGCAGAAUCUCACCAACAACAUCGCUGGCUUUGUCACCAGGGGGAUGAUCCAGCUGGCACUGUCAGGAGCCCCUCAGCCAGGCUCCUCACGCAGCACCAAUCCCCAGAGAGGGGCAAAGACUCACCUCAGAGCAGUCAGCUCGGACUUGGACACUGAUGCCGAAGGGGAUGAUUUUGAACUGCUGGAUCAGUCUGAGCUGAACCAGCUGGAUCCUGCUGGCUCCCGAGGCCAGUAAGCCAUCCCAUCACUUCCCUCUGGUUUUCUAUUGUGCGUCACGGAGGGAAUCCUGGAAGGAGAAGCCUUGCACAGUUCUCUCAAUCGUCUCCUGUGAGUCUGAGUGACGUGACAGCCAGUCCUGGCUGGGAACAUCACUGUGACUUGUGACUCUGUAGCCUCGCUUGGAUUUUAAAAUAAAGGACGCUGGUAAUCCCUAGGGAGAGACGUUGAUGGGAUAGGUCCACAAUCACCCUGUGCUGUCUGCCAGGAUGCUGCCUGCUCCAAACUUCCUCACCUAAGACAAUAAAUGUGGUGUCUGCA